CUAGAGUGCGCCUCGCGACCGUCUUUGCACGCCGAGACGAACGGCUCCCUUGCCCCACGCCGCCAUUGCGCAGUCGAGUGGCCUCGGACGCAAGGGAUCGGAAGCGCCUGCACGCGACACCGCGCGGCGGAGAUUUGAGUUGUACCAGCUGUGUGACGACUGCGACGCUGCACCACUCCAUAGCGCCUCGGGAUCUUCGUGGUUGUCUACAUUGACAAAUCUAGAACCACGUGUUGAACACGGAUGCUGUCGACGCCAUUUCAGAAUUCGAUGGCAGCCAUGCCGACCGGCUUCUAUGGCCACCUCACGGGCCCACCGCUCUUUGUGAGCGAGAGCACGUACACGACAGCGUGGUGCGACCAUGCGUGCUUCGGCAACGCCUCGGCACCGAGCUGCAUUUGGUACGCCAAUGGGUCUGUCAGCAGCGGCGGCGUCGCUACGACCAACGGUCUCGAACUUCUCGGUACCGACGCAAGCCUCCACGUUCAGUACCUCGAGCGCCUCCCCGCGGCAACGACAGCGCUAUCACUCGACAGCGUCGGCUUGGUGCGUCUUCAGCAAGAUCUGCGCCGAGACGACAUGGGUCGCAUCGUCGCCAUGAGCUCGUUGCUACUGGCUCGGAAUCAUAUUGCGACCAUCGAUGGAGUUCAAUUCCCGACGCAGCUCACAACCUUAAGCUUGCGACAAAAUGCACUGCGGUCCCUCGGCGCGGUCCUAGCGCCCGUCCUCGCCUCGCUAGAUGUGUCCUUGAACAAGCUCACGGCACUUACAGCCUCCGACAUGUUGCCGACAUCACUCCAGCUCCUCAACCUCAGCGGCAAUGCGCUGCAGACACUCGCCAGCGCCGCCUUCCCGCCCAUUUUACAGCACCUCGACGUGGCCAACAACCAAGUGCGGUCCCUGUCAACUGUGUCGUGGCCACCCUGCCUCCUCACGCUCAAUGCGUCCAACAACGCGCUGACGUCCCUGAGCAACGUGUCGUUUCCCGAGACGCUACAGCAGCUAGAACUUGGGCACAAUGCCAUUUCGGAAAUCCGAGCUGCUUUUCCGAAAUCUCUCCGGCGCCUGUGUCUCGGGCCCAACCCUGUCCAAGCGUUGUACGCCAACGCGUCGCAGUACGCUUUGCUCGAGUCCCUUGGGCGGCCAGCCGACGACUGCCUCCUCCAAGUCAACGCAACAAGCACGGCGUGCGCAGGACACUACGGCAUGGCGCUGCUCUGGGGUCUCUACCCUGUCUGCCUCUUGCCCGAUGCGUCGAUAAUCUCGGACGCCGACGCGGCGGUGUUUCCCUAUGCGGCUGCCAUUGGCGGUGGCGUCAGUCUUGCGGUCCUUCUCGUCAUUGCCGUCGUCUGCUACGUCUGUCGGCGUCGGAAGCGUGUCCGAAUGAGCCAGUCCACGCCGAUCGAGAUGGACGUUCGAUCGUGGUACUCGUCGGCGCAGACCCCGACGCCGCUUGAGCGCGCGAGUUUGCACUUGGAGGCCGAGUUUCGAGACCACUUUAUACCGCAAUCGGCGCUCACGCGAGGGCAUCUGCUCUACCGACGCGAACUGAGCUUGGUACACCGCGCACUGUACCAGGCGGCCGGCGCGGACGACGCCGAGAUGAUCACGCUCACGUCGUUGCCACCGGACAAGUCGGACGACCCGGACGCAGUGGGCAUUUUCCUGGAGAAUGUCCGCCUCCACGCCCAGCUGCACCACCCCAAGAUCGUGCGCUUCAUUGGUGUGACGUGGCGAACCGUGAAACAACUCGCGCUUGUCACCGAGUACAUGGAGCGCGGAGAUCUCUGGUCGCUCCUCCAGGAGCCACCGAUGCAUGCUUGGCUCGAUGACAUGAGCGGUACUGGCGUCACGAAGCUCUCGCUCUUACACGACGUCGUCGACGGCCUGCGCUACCUCCACUCCUGCGACCCGACUGUGUUUCACAUGGACCUCAAGGCCGAGCACAUCUUUGUGAGCGAGAGCUUCGAAGCCAAGCUCGGUGCGUUCGGAUCGACGCGCGCGACGCAUCAUGCCGAGGACGUGACGGGCACGGAUGACGAAGCGGUCGUCGCCUGGAGCGCCCCCGAAGUACUCAAGGGCCUCCGGUACACUGAAAAGGCGGACAUUUACGCACUUGGUGUCCUCAUUGCGACCAUGGAUACGGGAAAAGCACCGUUUGCCGACGAGUCAAAUCAACUGCGCGCGUCGCGAACACGCAUCGCGGUGCAUGUCAUGGCCGGCGACGCCACGCUCGACUUCCGAGACGACUGCCCGCCGGCCGUGCGCUCGAUGGCCGACCGGUGUCUUUCGUACGACCCGCGGGAUCGCCCAAGUGCCAAGGAUGUGUACAAGUGGAUUGAUUUUAUCCGCAAGGCGCCACUGACCGUGCCAUCACCCGAGUAUCUUAUCUAAUUGAAACGGUCGUCCAUGGCAGCCUGCCACGUCAUG